UUAUAGAUACCUGUACUUUUGCAUGCUUGUGUCUUCCUAUCUUGCUAGUUUGAGGCUCUACAAGGUAAUUCAAUAUGGCUGCAUUAGAUGGUAGCAAUGAAAAAGAGUCAUUAAGAACAGGAUCAGAUGUUGGCAGAAGCCUGAGAUCAAAUUUCGGGCAUCUUAGUUCUAGUUUCCGAAAUAUUAUUACAUUAAGUUCUCUAGAUGACAAUGGUGAUGAUCAGAAAUCACAAGAAUGUGCUGAGUUUUCUAAAUUAUCUUCUUCAAAAUGCUCGAGGUCAUCAUCAUUUGACGAGGACAAUAAAAACACACCGGAUGCUAAAAUGAAGCAAGGAGUUGAUGUGACUAAGCUUGAUGCUUUAGAGCGUCAUAUGUUGAUUGAGAAGCUCAUCAAGGAUGCCAAAAAUGACAACCUUCAGUUGUUGCAGAAAAUUAGGAAAAGAAUGGACAAAGUUGGUGUGAAGUUACCUACAGUUGAGGUGAAAUAUACAAAUUUGCAUGUGGAAGCGGAGUGCGAGGUAGUUCAUGGCAAGCCCCUCCCAACUCUAUGGAAUUCUCUGCAAAGCAUGGUUUCUGAUUUUGCUAAGCUACCUCGAUUGAAACCAAAGGCGGCCAAGAUAGAUAUCAUUGAUGACAUUAGUGGGAUUAUUAAGCCUGGAAGAAUAACUUUAUUGCUAGGACCUCCUGGAUGCGGGAAGACCUCCUUCUUGAAAGCACUUUCAGGAAAUCUAGACAAGUCUUUAAAGAUGACUGGAAAUAUUUCCUACAAUGGUUACAACCUUAAAGAUAUUGUUCCACAAAAAACUUCUGCUUAUGUCAGCCAAAAUGAUCUUCAUAUACCAGAAAUGACUGUUAGGGAAACACUUGACUUCUCAGCCUGUUGUCAGGGUACUGGAAAUCGAGCAGAAAUAAUGAAUGAGAUCAGUAGAAAGGAAAAGGAGGCGGGAGUUUUUCCAGAUCCAGAUAUAGAUGUUUUUAUGAAGGCAAUUUCUGUUGAAGGGCAAAAGGAAACUCUUCAGACCGACUACAUUUUAAAAAUCCUUGGUCUUGACACAUGCGCUGAUGUACUGGUUGGGAAUGCAAUGAAAAGAGGCAUAUCUGGUGGUGAGAAGAAAAGACUGACCACAGGGGAGAUGAUUGUUGGCCCAUCAAAAGCUUCGUUUAUGGAUGAAAUAUCUAAUGGUUUAGAUAGCUCGACGACCUAUCAGAUAACCUCUUGUCUUCAACAACUGGCUCACAUCACAGAUGCUACUAUACUCGUGUCACUUCUUCAGCCAGCACCAGAAACCUUUGAUAUUUUUGAUGAUAUUAUUUUGAUGGCUGAAGGUAAGAUUGUGUAUCAUGGACCCUGUAGUCGUAUUUUGGAAUUCUUUGAGGGUUGUGGCUUUAGAUGCCCUGAAAGGAAAGGAGUAGCUGACUUCCUUCAGGAGGUUAUCUCAAGAAAAGACCAAGCACAGUACUGGCACCAAUCUGCACAUAGUCAUAGUUACGUUUCUGUCAGAACAUUUUCUGAAAAGUUCAAGCAAUCUCCAUUUGGGAAGAAAUUGGAUAAGGAUAUUUUGGAAAAGAAUGUAAUGUCAGAGAACCAUGACAAUUCCAUCUCAUUUCGUUUAUUCUCCCUCUCAAAAUGGACUCUCUUCAAAGCAUGCAUGUCAAGAGAAUUUCUUCUAAUGAGGAGGAACUCUUUCGUUUACAUCUUUAAAUCAGCCCAGCUUAUAAUUAUCGCAUCUGUUACCAUGACUGUAUUUAUACGCUCUAGGAUAAAAAUUAAUGCUUUAGAUGCCGACAAAUAUUUGGGUGCACUCUUCUACUCCCUUGUGAUCAUCCUGGUUGAUGGAUUCCCAGAGGUUUCUAUGACUGUGGCAAGACUUGCAGUUUUCUACAAACAAAGAGAAUUGUGUUUUUAUCCAGCUUGGGGAUACGCAAUUUCAGCUGCAAUUCUGAAGGUUCCUCUAUCACUUUUGGAAGCUUUUAUAUGGGUUUGUCUAACUUACUAUGUCAUAGGGUACAGCCCUGAGCCAGAGAGGUUUUUCCGACAUUUAAUUCUGCUAUUUGCUGUUCACUGGACUUCAAUCUCCAUGUUUCGUUUCAUUGCAUCACUCCUUCGGACAGUGGUUGCUUCAACAACCACUGCUAGUUUGUCAAUAUUAGUCGUACUGUUAUUUGGCGGUUUCAUCAUCCCAAAGUCCUCUAUGCCAUUUUGGUUGGAGUGGGCGUUUUGGUUAUCUCCACUGUCAUACGGUGAAAUAGGCCUUGCUAUAAAUGAAUUUCAUGCUCCAAGAUGGCAAAAGCUUGGUUCCACAAAUACAACAAUAGGAAUAACAACCCUGGAAAACCGCAGCUUAAACUUUGAUGGACACUUCUUUUGGAUAUCAAUUAGUGUUUUAUUUGGCUUUAUAUUAUUCUUCAACGUCGGAUUCCUCUUGGCCUUGAGUUUCUUAAACCCUCCUGGUUCUCGGGCUAUUGUGUCUAGUGUAAAGCUGUCACAAAUACAACGAAGUGAAGAGUCCACCAACACUGAUUACCAUGAUGAAGAAAAAUGUAGCAACAGAGGAAAAGCAGUUCUACCUUUUGAACCCACUAGUUUAGUGUUCCAAGACGUGCAAUACUAUGUGGACGCCCCUACGGAAAUGAGAGAGCGUGGAUUUAGCCAGAAAAAGCUUCAAAUUCUUCAUGAUAUAACUGGUGCACUCAGACCAGGUGUUCUGACAGCAUUAAUGGGUGUCACUGGAGCUGGCAAAACAACACUUCUUGAUGUUCUUGCUGGAAGAAAAACCUGUGGGACGAUCAAAGGAGAGAUUAAGGUUGGAGGGUACCCUAAAAUCCAGGAGACAUUUGCUAGGAUUUCAGGGUACUGUGAGCAAACUGACAUUCAUUCUCCACAAGUCACUGUUGAAGAAUCAAUAAUUUUCUCUGCUUGGAUGCGUCUUCAUCCUCAGAUUAAUGCACAAACUAAAUACAAUUUUGUGAAAGAUGUUCUUCAGACUGUGGAGCUUGAUGGUCUAAAGGAUGCUUUGGUUGGAAUUCCUAGCGUUAGUGGUUUAUCAACUGAGCAACGCAAGCGCCUCACCAUAGCUGUGGAGCUUGUGGCAAACCCUUCCAUAUUGUUCAUGGAUGAACCUACAACUGGAUUGGAUGCAAGGGCAGCUGCUAUUGUCAUGAGGGCAGUAAAAAAUGUGGCUGAUACCGGAAGAACAAUUGUCUGCACCAUUCAUCAGCCAAGUAUUGACAUAUUUGAAGCAUUUGAUGAGCUAAUUCUUUUGAAAUCUGGUGGCCGUGUGAUCUACUCUGGAUCAUUGGGUCAAAACUCAAGUAAUGUUAUUGAGUACUUUGAGAGGAUCCCAGGAGUAGCAAGCAUAAAUAAGAACUAUAAUCCAGCGACGUGGAUGUUAGAGGUUACUUCAAAGUCGGCAGAAGCUGAACUUGGUCUAGAUUUUGCGCAAGUUUACCAAAGUUCAGCUUUGCACGAGAGAAAUAAGGAAAUGGUGAAAAGCUUAAGUAUUCCACCUUCAGGUUCCGUGGAUUUGCUUUUUCCAACUCGGUUUUCACAAAACAGUUGGGGACAGUUCAAAUCUUGCUUGUGGAAACAACACUUAUCUUACUGGAGAAGCCCUUCCUAUAAUUUAAUGCGGUUAAUGUUUAUGAUUUUUUCGUCUUUCCUUUUUGGCCUAGUCUUCUGGGAUCAAGGGAAGAAAAUAAACAAUCAACAGAGUUUGUUCAAUAUGCUCGGGUUGAUCUUCAGUGCUACAAUAUUCUGUGGCAUUAACAAUUCUUCUUCAGUAAUUCCAUACAUCACCACAGAAAGAAAUGUUCUAUAUCGCGAAAGAUUUGCUGGGAUGUAUGCUCCUUGGGCUUAUGGACUUGCACAGGUGACCAUCGAAGUUCCAUACAUCUUUGUCCUAUCUUUUGUAUAUGUGAUUAUCACGUAUCCAAUGAUAGGAUAUUAUUGGUCAGCCUACAAAGUACUGUGGUACUUGUACUCCAUCUUCUGCACAUUGAUGUACUUCACAUAUAUGGGAAUGAUGCUGGUUUCACUGACACCGAGCUAUCCGCUGGCUGCCAUUAUAAGUUCCUCCUCCUACACAAUGCUCAACUUAUUCUCUGGAUUUAUAAUACCCCAACCGCAAAUUCCAAAGUGGUGGUUAUGGUUGUAUUAUCUGAUGCCAACAUCUUGGACACUAAAUGGCAUGCUCUCCUCUCAGUAUGGCGAUUUAGAGGACGAGAUAAUAGUGUUCGGGGAAACCAAGACAGUUGCUGCAUUCCUAGAGGAUUAUUUUAGAUUUCACCGUCAUCGUCUGCCUUUAGUUGGAGCAAUGUUGAUUCUUUAUCCUAUUGUUUUUGCUUCUAUUUUUGCCUAUGCUAUUGGGAGGUUUAACUUUCAGAAGAGGUGAAUUGUUUCAACUUACCAGUUACAACCUUACUUAAUCCUAUAUUUGUCACAAGCUCAGUGCAUUCGGAGCUUCA